AUGGCAAAGCCACCUUUCUUAUUGCUUUUCUUGAUGUUCUUUUCCCAAAUCUUAACUUGUAUCAUCACUGUUGGUGCUUUUGGCAAAUGUCUCAGUGAUCAAAGGUUAACUUUGCUUCAGUUCAGGGACGGCCUGCUGUUCGAUUCAACACUUUCGAACAAGCUGGUGCACUGGAAUCAGAGUGGUGACUGUUGCAGCUGGGGUGGAGUGGCAUGUGAUGUUGUUGGCCAUGUUAUCAGCCUGGAGCUAGAUAAUGAGACAAUAUCAGUAAAAAAUGAAGAUUGGAAAAGCCUUUUCACUCUCCGACAUCUUGAGAGACUAAAUCUGGGUGACAAUAACUUUGAUUCUGUCGAAAUCCCUGAGGAACUUUCUAACCUCACAAGGUUGAAGUGUCUAAACUUGUCAAAUACUGGUUUCACCGGGCAGAUUCCACUUGGUCUGUCGAGAAUGAAGAGCUUGGUUACUCUUGAUCUCUCCAACCGUUUACUAGACCGGAGAAUACAAACAGAGAAUAUUCCGGGAGGUUUAAAAGCGUUGUUUAACAAUCUAACCGAGCUGAGAGAACUUUAUCUUGACAGUGUCAAUAUUUCAGCUGAAGGGAGCUUGUGGUGCGAUGUUUUCUCAUCUUUGUCUAAGCUACAAGUUCUGAGUUUAACUAGCUGUCACCUCUCAGGUCCUAUAACCUCUUCCCUUCUUGAUCUUAGUUCGCUAACCACCCUCACACUCGAUAACAACAAUCUCUCAACCGUAGUUCCCGAAUUCUUCUCAAGCUUCACAAAUUUGACUUCUUUGAGUGUUGUCUCUUGUAAUUUAAUGGGGAAAUUUCCGGAGAAGAUUUUUCAGUUACCAACACUGCAGCGUGUAUUGUUGUCAGACAAUCCCUUUCUCAGGGGAAGUUUGCCAGAGUUUCCCAACCAGGGGUCCUUCACCGAGAUCAUCCUCAGUGAGACAAACUUUUCAGGUUCUUUACCAGACUCUAUCGGAAACCUUCAAGCGUUGUCUAGGAUAGAUUUGUGGACUUCCAAUUUCAGCGGACCAAUUCCUGCCAAUUUGUCGAAUCUUGAAAAUGUGGUCUACCUUGACUUAUCAUAUAACAAGUUCAAUGGUUCUGUUCCAUCAUUCCAGAUGUCCAAGAAGCUCGUGCAUGUAGACCUGUCCCAUAAUUCUUUUACUGGUCCUGUUCCUUUCGCCCAAUAUGCAGAUCUCAGAGAUCUUGAAUCCAUUAACUUGGGGUAUAAUUCCCUGACAGGGAACAUUCCCUUGUCUCUGUUUACUCUCCCGUCCUUGCAGAAACUCCAACUUUCUAAUAACAAGUUUGAUGGUCUGAUGAACGAAAUUCCCAAUGCUAGCUCCUCUUUACUUGAUGUACUGGAUCUCAGUAGCAACUAUCUUGGAGGAUCCAUUCCAAAGUUCAUUUUUGAACUCAAAAGGCUUUCUGUCCUCUCACUUUCAUGGAACACUUUUAGUGGAACUGUAAGUCUAGAAAUGUUCCAGGGGCUCCCUCAACUUUCUGAACUUGACCUUUCUUACAACAAUUUGUCAAUAGAUGCAAGUAGCAAUACAGGUACAAGCUUAUCCUCAUUUCCACAAUUGUCUGUACUGAUGUUGGCUUCUUGUAAUCUGAAAAUUUUCCCUGAUGUAAUAAAGAAUCAAUCCGGAACGUUCAAUUUAGACCUAUCAUUGAACCAUAUCACAGGGCAGAUUCCAAACUGGAUUUGGGAUGUUGGAGGAGGAUAUCUUGGGCAGCUAAACCUUUCUUUCAAUCUUUUAGCAGAAAUUCAAAAGCCGUACACCAUUCCUUCUGCUCUCCUUGUGCUAGACUUACAUGCCAAUCAGCUCAGGGGUGAAAUACCCACUCCACCGCUGCAAUUCAUAUAUCUAGACUACUCUAGCAACAAUUUUAACACAUCUAUUCCACCCAACAUAGGUGAUUACUUGUCCAAUGCUGUUUUCCUUUCUCUUUCAAAUAAUAGCAUCACUGGAGCUAUCCCUGAAUCCAUAUGCAAUGCAACUUAUAUAGAAGUUCUUGAUUUGUCUAAAAAUGCCCUGAGUGGUAAAUUACCAGCUUGUCUUCUAGGAAUGGAGGAUCUUGGGGUACUAAACCUAGGGGAAAAUAACCUUCACGGUCUGAUUCCUAAUACAUUCCCAGACAAAUGUGGCCUAAGAACCUUAGACCUCAGGAUGAAUGCCCUUGAAGGGAAGAUACCAAGAUCGUUGCAAAAUUGCAAACAGUUACAAGUUCUCAAUGUUGGGAAAAAUAAAAUGGAAGACAUAUUUCCAUGCAUGUUGAUGAAAGCAACAGAUUUGCAAGUCCUUGUUCUGCGAUCCAACAGGUUUCAAGGUGAAACUGUCUGUCCUCGGUACAAUCACAGUUGGAAAAGUCUUCAAAUUUUGGACAUUGCUCACAACAACUUUAGUGGUGCUUUGUCCCCAAAACACUUCUUCAAUUGGAGAGUAAUGAUGACUGAGGAAGAUAAUGAAGCAAAGUACCUGCAAUUUGGCUUCAUGGAACUCAGUAACUUAUAUUACAAGGAUGCUGUGACACUGACUAUUAAAGGGCUUGAACUCGAGCUUGUUAAGAUUCUGAGAGUGUACAAAGUUAUUGAUUUCUCAGGCAAUAAAUUCCACGGGCAGAUACCGAUGACAAUUGGAGAACUCAAACAACUUUACAUUCUCAACUUAUCUCACAAUUCCCUCACUGGCAUGAUUCCAGAAGCAAUCGGAAACUGCACUCAGCUUGGUGUAUUAGACCUCUCAAUGAACCAGCUAACCGGGAUGAUUCCGGUAAAGCUUGCAGGCCUUACAUUUCUUUCAUUUUUGAACCUGUCCUAUAACCAGUUGUCAGGAGAAAUCCCAGUUGGCCGCCAACUCCAAACAUUCACAGAUGCUUCCUUUUAUGGAAACAGAGGUCUCUGCGGAUUUCCCCUAAGCAUAAGCUGCAACAAGUCAGAAGCCAAUGGAUUGUCAUGGAUAAAUGCAUCAUUCGAGUCUGAGAGGGACUCUUCCAGGAAUGAGAUUGAGUGGGAGUACGUUAGUGCUGCCUUGGGAUUUAGUGUAGGGUUAGGAAUCAUUUCCUGGCUGAACUUUUCUAGUCCAAGAUGGUGGGAAAAGUUUAUUGCACUUGUCCUUCAACUCCUCCUGAGGAUUCUGCAUCGGCAGGUCAGACAAAAGUACUGCAGGACUCCAAUUCGGAGACUUUAG